GGCUCGGCUCCCGGCGCGCCCCUCCCGUCUCCCCCCAAAAAAGUUUGAGUCGCCGCUGCCGGGUUGCCAGCGGAGUUGCGCGCGGGGAGCUACGUAGGGCAGAGAAGUCAUGGCUUCUCCGUCCAAAGGCAAUGACCUGUUUUCGUCUGAUGAGGAGGGCCCGGCGAUGGUGGCUGGGCCGGGCCCGGGGCCUGGGGGAGCGGAGGGGGCCGCCGAGGAGCGCCGCGUCAAGGUCUCCAGCCUGCCCUUCAGCGUGGAGGCGCUCAUGUCGGACAAGAAGCCGCCCAAAGAGGCGUCCCCACUGCCAGCCGAAAGCGCCUCCGCCGGGGCCACCCUGCGGCCACUGCUACUGCCUGGACACGGCGCCCGGGAAGCUCACAGCCCCGGGCCGCUGGUUAAGCCCUUCGAGACCGCCUCGGUCAAGUCGGAAAACUCCGAAGACGGAGCCGCAUGGAUGCAGGAACCCGGCAGAUACUCGCCGCCGCCAAGACACAUGAGCCCCACCACCUGCACCCUGCGGAAGCACAAGACCAAUCGGAAGCCAAGAACGCCCUUUACCACAUCCCAGCUCCUGGCUCUGGAGCGCAAGUUCCGCCAGAAACAGUACCUCUCCAUUGCAGAGCGUGCAGAGUUCUCCAGCUCUCUGAACCUCACAGAGACCCAGGUCAAAAUCUGGUUCCAGAACCGAAGGGCCAAGGCGAAAAGACUGCAGGAGGCAGAACUAGAAAAGCUGAAAAUGGCUGCAAAACCUAUGCUGCCCUCUGGCUUCAGCCUCCCUUUCCCCAUCAACUCGCCCCUGCAAGCAGCAUCCAUAUAUGGAGCCUCCUACCCUUUCCAUAGACCUGUGCUCCCCAUCCCGCCCGUCGGACUCUAUGCGACGCCAGUCGGAUAUGGCAUGUACCAUCUAUCCUAAGGAAGACCAGCUCCAUAGACUCCGUGAUGGAUGUUUGUUUAAAUGGGCGGCCCCCUCCCUCUCCAAGAAGGCAGUACCAAGCCUGUACUCCUGCUCUGCAAACCUUGCAUGCGCCACCCUAAGCGGCUAGGCCCACAGGGCCACAGACAUAGUUCGAAUUUGUUCUUUAGGCUGGAGGCACCAAGCCCCAUUUUCUUGGUGUGAUCUUCUAGAUGCCCCCUCCUCCUUUCACAAAGAUUGGCUCUGAUGGUUUUUCUAUAUAAAUAUAUAUAUAUAAUAAAAUAUAAUGACAUUUUUAUACAGCAGACGUAAAAAUUCAGAUUAUUUUGAAAGGCAAAAUUUAUAUGCACAUAUGUAUACUUUUUUCUAUAUAUCACCUUCCUAAAAGAGACUGCUUAAGUCCAUUUGUUUUUUCUUAUGGGAGAGACCAAUUAUUUGCUAAAAUUGCUGACAUUUGGUGAUUUUGAUGGGAUGAUUGACUUUUGCUUAUGGAAAACAAAGGUUAGAAUUAGGCACGAUGCAUAGGAAGUAGAUAUGGAGAGAUUCCUCAAAAUGACGAGGACACAUCGUGUUUUUGCAUUUUUACAUGCAUUUGAAACUCAUUAGAUACUACCAUAUUUGGCCUUAUAUUUUUCCCUCUGUCCACAUUGUUGCAGAUUGUUAAAGUUUUAAUUUUUUUUUUUUUGGUAAGAUCAAUAAAAGGGGGAUGAGAAGAAUCCUGAGAAUGCCUUGGGGUAAGGUGGGACUUGGAAGUACUUCCUAAUUCCUCUCAAGGCUGUUGCUUAACUCCAUUUCAGAUAAUUGGAGAGUAAAAAGUUAAAGCAUGUCAGGGGAAUUGAUGGUUUCUGUGAAAUACUAGGUACAAGUCAGUCCUCACACAUUGCAAAGGUGAUUGGGGGGUGGGGAGUGUAAUUAAUUCUCUGCUUAAAAAAAAAAUAAAUAUACUUAACCAUUACCUAUAUGCUAAAUAUUCUUGAACAAUGAAUAGAUCCAGAAAGAAAAAAAAAAUCAUGCUUUCUCUGUGUGUGUACCUAUUGUAUGUGCUAAACUUAUUAGAAAAAUUUAUAUACUUUUUAACAUGCUGGGGGCAGAGGGUAAAGCCAUGUUUUGACUUGCUAAAAAUGGUGUUGUCAAACAGCCCAUUUAGCUCCCUGGUACUUCAUCUUUCUCUCCAUCUUUCCCCCCACCACCACCCAGUAUACUUUUAUCCCUUUGAAAGGGUGCCUUGUAUAAUUUUAUAUAUUUUAUUGAAGAGUUAUUUCUUAUCUCUUAUUCUGAAUUAAAUUAAACGUUUGUUUUAUUGCAGUAAAGUUUGUCCAAACACGGUUAUUUUAAAGGGGGCCCUCUGUUCUUAGCUGAGUUCACCUCGAAAAUGCCACCAAGAUUGGGGAGGGGGCUGGUGG